CCUCCACCUCCACCGUCCACUGGUUUUUUUUUCCUUUAGUCGCGGCUGCCCAUUAUCUACUUGUAGCAUCGUUUCGAACUGCUGUGUGCUUCCAGCGCUUUUGCUCCGCUGCCUGGCCAAAAGAUCGACUUUGCAUCUCCCGUUCUUCGCGACGAAUCGCCUUUAUUCACGCCUGACAAGGCGCGUCUUGGCAACGCCACGACCCCCGGACCCCCCUACCCGCUUCUCCGCCUCCCCCUCGUCAUGUCUACCUUCCCCGAACAAAAUGCUGAGCGGCUCCAAGACGGCGCCCACGGGCCGCGCUCGGCUGCCACCAGCGACCUGAAGAAAAAGGUUGCCGAACGAAAGAAAAAGCUCCAGGACAAGAAGAAGCCCCCGGGCGGCUUCGACCAGACGCCCCUGCCCGACGCCCCGCCUGGCUACACUGUCAAGUUCACGUUCCACAAGGCAGAGAAUCUCCCCAUCGCAGACCUUCGAACCAGCGCUGCCGACCCCUUUAUACACGCCACCCUGACAACGGAUACACCGACAAGACACCAGGAAGACCCCCCUCUGACCCGCCGAACCCACACUCUCAGGGCCACCACCGAGCCUGUGUGGGACGAGGAAUGGAUUGUCGCUAACGUCCCCUCCUCGGGAUUUACCCUCAAGUGCCGGCUCUACGACGAAGACUGGCCCGACCACGACGACCGCCUCGGCAAUGUUACCAUCACGGAGCGCCAUGUCGACGAAUACUGGGGGGGCUUCAGCGAACGUGUCUUUGACGUAAAGAAACGCUCUGGGAGCAAGCGAGCCUACCUCCUUAGCGGCGUGUCCAGCGCCCUCUGCCGCAAUGUCUCCAUGACCCCGAGGCUCUAUCUUAGCAUCGAGGUCCUGGGCAGGUCCGAUCCGCCUCACGGCCAAAUGUACACGGUGGGGCCGACAGUCUGGAUCCGGCACUUUAGUCCCAUGAUUGGUCGUUUGACCGGGGUCAAAGUCAACAAGGACGAGGAAAAAGACGCAGAAAAGGGUGCGCCUACCGCUGGUGACAAGAAUGACGGCGGGACCAAAAAAUACGACUUCCAGGCAAACGAGAUCCAGCUGUCCGGCCCCGUGCCGCCCAAGCUCUACCAUCGCUAUGUCGAGUUCCGCCCUGUGAUUGGCAUGAUGUUCUCCUCGCACGGCCUUAGAGGCCGUAUCCUGAAUAAAGCCCUCCACAAGCAGCAUAGUCGUGUGUACAACUAUGAUUCAAGCACCGAGUAUGGCUCGUUUAAGCCUUGCAGCGAGGAGGCGUCUUUGCAGUUCCUCAAGAUGGUGCACUUUGACGAGGGCGGCCGCGUGUUUACAUACGUCAUCACGCUCGACGGCAUGAUGCGCUUCACCGAGACCGGAAAGGAGUUUGGCAUCGACCUCUUGAGCAAGCACACCAUGCACUCGGAUGUGGCAACAUACAUUGCUUGCUCGGGCGAGUUCUUUAUCCGACGUCUUGCCCACCCCGACGCGAGCGAGAGCCCGCAGCCGAGCGAACCAACGCAUCCGGGCGACGAUAAUCUGCCGGGUGGACCUCCUAAAGACCCUCCACCAAAAGACCCGCGCCACUACCAGCUCAUCAUUGACAACGACAGCGGCACUUACCGCCCGGACAAGUCCGUGUUGCCGGACCUCAAGGGGUUUCUCGAGCGCAAUCUUCCCGGCAUCGGUGUUGUGGCCAUGAACUGCUCCGACGACAAGCUCGUGGAAAUGAAGAAGGCCCAGCUCGAGGCCAAGAAGCGUGAGGGCCCGCGCGUCAAGAUGGUCCUCAACCGCAGCCCGACUGGCAGCAGCUUCAGCUCCGACGAUGAAAGUCGCCUUGGCGAUCUGGAACAUGGUCACGACGACGAUGUGCCAGUCCGGACCAAGAAGGAGCGUGCUUUCGAUGUACUGCAAAAUCCGACCCAGUUGAAGGGGUAUUUCGGUCGCGAGGGCGAGGGGAGCAAGACAGCUACGGCUGCUCCUGCCAGUUAACGAAGAGUUAUGCCUCGCUGUGGUGAAUGGAUUGCACUGAUAAAAUAAUAAUACUCCGGAUACGAGGAUCGACGGCGGACCAGGCGGCGCAGGUGGCACUUUCUAUUACUUUGUCGUGAGUUAGGGAGUGGGUUCGUGGUCUGUUCCCCUUUACCCCUUUUCGUUUUGCGCGUUUGGGAUAUUCACGAUUGUAUUCCGUUUCUUGGCAAGACUUUUUUCUUCUAUGUUAAACGCCUCGCGGCAGAGGGUCCAUCGUUCACCGGUCUAUAUUUCCUUUUCCUACCUUUGGUUUAUAUGUGUCAUCAACGGUCAGAUGUCGAGGCGGAGAACUUAAGGAUGAGUGUCGUUAAUUCUAGCAUUGGCUCGACUCCGGGUUGCUAGGCCGUUUUGCUGCGUCUUUCAAGCACCGUGUCCACGAUAAGAUAGUCACUGGGAAAUGGACUUUUGCUGUCUACUAGUCAAGAAAAUCAAACAAUUGACGUUCUGGGAAACUUA